AUGAGAAUCCCUCUUCCCAAAACCCUCCUCAUCUCCUACUUCUCUCUUUUCUUGCUGAUUCACUCGGGCCCACGUGCUCGGGUCCACGCCCUUCCGCCACCCGACCGGGGCGACCCGGUCCCACGUCGCCCGUCCCGUUAUCAAGUCCGAAUCACGGACCUCAUCAACCACCCUUCUUUGUCUUUCCAUUGCCAGUCGAAAGACGAUGACCUCGGGCACAAAACGCUCUAUUUCAGGCAAUACUAUCAUUGGGAAUUCGAAAUCAAUUUCUGGGGCUCGACUCUUUUCUUCUGCCAUUUCUACUGGAAUGGCAAACAACAGGUUUUCGAUGUCUUCUCCGCGAGUCGCAGAACGUGCGAUACUUACGUAGAUGGUCCUUAUAACAUGUGCAAUUGGGUCGUCAAAGGAGACGGGUUCUAUAAGGUUGGAAAGAAGAAUUGGGAAGAGAAGGAUUUGGUGAAGGUUUAUUCUUGGCAGUGA